GGUCUUUCUGGUUGGACUCGCACCAUUUCGUCCCUUUCUUUUUCCUACUGAAAACGGAAUAGAGAAAAUCUUUCUUCAUCUGCUUCCCGAGCUCCUCCUCGUCAACGUCGUCGGCAGAGCCGGAGCCUUACCCGGCACCAGAGAUUCGUUACUCGGGCCGUCUCCCCGUCCGUGUAGAUCACUCCGUCGCGCCGAGUUAUUAUUGCCUACAUGCUUUGCUAGGUUUUGAUUUUGGAUGGGAACCUCAUCAGGCGCAAAUUUCCAUCAACAGUUUCCACAGGGGAUGCCGCCCCCACGGCACAAUGGGGGCACCCCAAACCUGCAGACUUCCCUCUCUUUGGCCUCGUCAGACCAAGUUGGUACGCCAGAUAUGCAGGAGCGUGCGUCAAAUUCUGACCCGGGUCAUGACUCUGCCACUGAGAGUGCCAGUUCAAGGGAGACCUGGCCUGUAGAGCCAAACAAAAGCAGUGGUGGUGAUGCUGCGACCACUAUUAGAAUAGUGGAUAAAGAUAAGGAGGUAGCCACCCAAGGUGUUGCUGAACGGCAAGUCAUUCGUAGGAUCCCAAGUACCGGUAGAGUGACUCUCCGGGAGGUUGCUCGGGAAAGGGUUGAUCUAGUCGCUGAGAAAAUGAAGGUUAUGCCAGAUGAGGUGUUGGAUGAAAUCAAGAGUGAACUUCGGUCAAUUCUUGAAGGAACUGGGGGUUCUCAUCAUGUUGAGGAGUUCUUGUACCUGCAGAAGGUCGUCCAGAAUAGGGUGGAUUUGACACCAACUACACUUUUGAUGCCACACCAUGUUCAGCUGGAGAUUCUUGUUGCCAUCAAGACUGGAAUCCAGGCAUUUUUGCAUCCAAGUGUUAAUUUACCCCUGAGUCAUCUUGCUGAGGUUUACUUGUACAAGAGGUGCCGGAACAUCGCCUGUAAGAGUGCUCUCCCUGCCGAAGAGUGUAGGUGCAAUAUAUGUAGCAACAGGAAUGGCUUUUGCAACCUUUGCAUGUGUGUGAUCUGCAAUAAGUUUGACUUUGAAGUCAAUACAUGCAGCUGGAUUGGGUGUGAUGUCUGCUCUCACUGGACUCACACUGAUUGUGCAAUCCGUGAUGAGCAGAUUGGGUCCGGACAGAAAAUUAAUAACGGAAUUGCCCAUCCGGAGAUGCUUUUUCGGUGCCAAGCCUGCCAAAGGACAUCUGAGCUGUUGGGGUGGGUUAGGGAUGUAUUCCAACAAUGUGCUCCUGGCUGGGACAGGGAUGCGUUGUUACGAGAACUUGAGUGUGUUUGUAAGAUUUUCCGUCUAAGCGAGGACUCAAAAGGGAGGAACUUGUUCAGGAGAUGUGAUGAUCUGAUCGAAAGACUAAGAAGUGGUACUGCUCAAUCCAUGAGUCCUAGAGCGCUGCUGCCGGCACUCCAAGAGCUUGAGAUGGAUUUUUCAAAGAUGUCCGAAAAUGAAGAAUUGGGGCGCCUGAUCACUCCACAUGAGGCCUGCAAUCGAAUUGCUGAGGUUGUCCAAGAGGCUGUCAGAAAGAUGGAGACCGUGGCUGAAGAGAAGAUGCAGAUGUUCAAGAAGGCUCGCCUCGCGGUGGAUUCCUGCGAGCGUGAGCUGGAGGAGAAGACACGGGAGGCACGGGAGCUCAAGGCGGAGCAGCUGCGUAAGCAGCAGCAGGUGGAGGAGCUGGAGAGCAUGAUCCGGCUGAAGAGUGCUGAGGCCGAGAUGUUCCAGCUGAAGGCCAACGAGGCCCGGCAGGAGGCAGAGCAGCUCCAGAGCAUUGCGUUGGCCAAGUCGGAGAAGGCGGAGCAGGACUAUGCGAGCAUGUACCUCAGGCGCCGCCUGGAGGAGGCCGAGGCAGAGAAGCAGUCAAUCUUUGAGAAGAUCAAGCUGCGGGAGAACCCGAGGCCGCUGGCAACGGUGCCUCCCCAGGCGAGCAGUAGUGCUGCCACCGCGGCCCUCACCCCUGGCGACUCAUCACAGAUGAUGAUGCUGUCCAAGAUCCAGGACCUGCUGAAGAACGUCCGCAGCAUGCCGUCUGGCAAGUCGGACGUGCGGCAGUCGAAAUAGCCGGUGAUGCGUGUUUCAUGGGUGAUACUUUCUGCCAUGUAAAUUGAAAUAUGUCUCAUGAUGUUUCUUUAUUAGUUGCUGCAUAGUUAUACUGAAUUGCAUUGUCAUUUAUUUGCCGUUGUUGUAAUGUAAACUUAGUUUCAUAAUGACAAUGGGGGCUAAAACAGACCAAAUACGCCAUUUAAAACAAUAAUGAGGCUGGCCAACUUGCAUGGACAAGGCUCCCCCGAUCGGUUCCUUCGUCGGCCGUCAGAUCUAGCCUUCUCGCGUGGCUGGAUCGUAGAUCUUCACCUCACGGUCAAAGCUGAUUUUCACCUCGCGGUUGUUUUGGCUGGCCAAGGACGAGUGGGCUCGUCUCGCGUGCUUAUUGGCUGGGUUGGUCGUGCCCGGGUGCAUGAGGUUUUGGCCUAUCCCUACCCUGCAUCCCACAGCCAAUCCAUCCUCGCCUCGUCCCACUCCCGCACCAACCACCACCCAAACCCUAGCCCUGUUUCCCUGCGAUCCCCACAGCCUCUCCCGCCUCCUCCAUCCCUCCUCCUCGCCUCGCCAUGGCCUCCGCCCCGGGGCCUAGCCCCACCACUUCACCUUCCUUUUCUUCGUUGUCUGCGCCCGUCAGCGAGGCCUGGCUCCAGAUCAGGUGCGGGUUAGGCGAGCUCGGUGGUGGGAUGAAUGGGCAGAGGAGGUGGGCGAUGAGGGCAGGCAACAGUCGGGCGCGGCGGCCAUGGCCAAGGGCGCGGCUGGGGAGCUACGCACACGUCGAGUAACGGCGACCGCAUCCGGUGCCAACACCGAGCCGGAGCUGGGUCGAGGAGCCGGCCUCUGCCUUCGCCAUUGCCUGAGAGAAGCAACACCGACGUUGGGCUUUCCAUGUGCAGGAUGAUGAGGUAUGGCAUGGAAUGGUUGGGUUUUGAGUGGUAGGUGAUCCCUAUGCCGGCGGUCAUAGCGGCCAUCAUUGCCAAGCAGUAGAAGAGAAUGGUAACCAAAGCCACCUUUGUUGAUCAUGGAUUUAGAAGAAAGCCAACAGAGUAUGAAAAGGUUCUCAUGGGACUCACCCUGAACUGAAAUCUGUGUUCAACCUUGGUAUAAUUCUGUGACAAAAACCCCAAGUGGUCCAAUAUUUUGUUUAUUUAGUGCCUGUUGUUUUUGGUUUGUUAUAACCGAAUUUACAACCUACUAUUCAUGCAUUUCUUUUAUUCUGUUUUGGUGGGUUCUAAACUAUGAAAUUAGGACUAUAGUUUAUUAGUUUGAGACCUGCUUCUGGAUAAAGAAUGGAAGGAAGAAUUCUUACUUCAUGAUGACACACAUGAUUGUCAAACUACAGAAAAUACUUGACUUAUGUACUGUAUGAUUCCCGAGUUCCUUUGCUUUCAAGAUUUAAGUGGGGGAACUCGUGAGCUUAUGAAUGAGUGAUUCGGAUUUAUCUAAUUGGGAACUAGCAAAUCAUGCAGAGUAAGGGUUUUUUCUGCUCGUAUAGAUUGGUUGGUCGAUUGCUUGAUACAUCAUACCUUAAACAUCAUAACUUCUGAUUGGGGGGGCCUGGUUGAUGCCCUGUCUGAUGUGAAUCUUUUGGGAUGCGCGGGUAUAUACUUCCACCACUAUAUACAAAAAUGAGUACUGCCUUUAACAUGGGCAUGAUAUUAAAUUUGAGUGAAUCUAAGGGCCUACUGGGUGCAUAAUCUGGGGCUAUAUUAUUUUAGAUUUUUUUUGUGUGUGCGAGGAGCAGUUCUACAAUCUCUUCAUGGUUCAUCAUUUACAUAUUAGUUGGAUGAUAUCUUUUAAUCUGUUGUGACUGACUUGCUGCUUAUAUGGACAAAUGAGUACAACAUUUAACAUGGGCAUGAUGUUAAAUUUGAGUGAAUAUAAGGGCCUACUGGCUGCAUAAUCUGUGGCUAUUUUUUGUGUGUCUGCGAGGAGCAAUUCUACUAUCUCUUCAAGGUUCAACGUUUAUAUAUUAUUUGGAUAGUAUCUCUUUAUUUUGUUAUUGUGACUGACCAGCUGCUUACUUAUAUGGACAACUUGAACUGAAAGCAAGAGUAGAAGCCCAUGAGAUGAGACACAAGGGAAAUAUGCAUGAAAAUGGCACAAUCAUGAUUUAGUUUGGUCAGCAAGUACCUAAUUACAAGUCAUCAGCUAACGAUUCUCCCCAAGAAGUGUUCGGAAUGAGCAAAGAAAGCUUUAAUGAGAAGAAUAUUGAUGUUGUACAAUAGCUGGAAGAUCACAAGAGAUCGACCUUUUGGAUGGUCUAAUACUUCCUAUAUGGGCACAUAGAAAAGCCACUACGCGUUGCUGAAGCUGGAGUCAUGAUGGCGUUAGUAACCUUGGUGAUGCUUCUUAUACGGCAAACCAACUUGUUCUUGAUUAUCCUAUGGGUUAUUUAUCCAGAUGUUGCACAUAGGAGUACUGUGGAGCUAAUAAUUAUUUGAAUCUGAGCUAGCCUACUAUUUCAAUCUGAGGUCAAAAAUUACAAAUCUCAGUGUUUGUUUUCAGGUCCCUCAUACAGUGGUUCAGAAAAAAACCUAUCCAAUGGAGAUGAUGCAUGAGGAGCAGCAAAGUCUAUGUUCUUUUUCUCGCUCGUGAGUUUACUUUUUUAUGGUUGGAUGCCAAGUAGCCAAUUAGACACUUUUUUGUAGAUUAGUUGCUUAGUUUCAUAUGUUAAACUGCGUUGUCGAGUGUAGUGAACAAGCAAUCAACGCGGCACAUGUGGAAGUUGUGAAUGGCACCGGUCUUGUCAUACUUAUGAGCAGGAGCACCGGCCACAUUACUCUUCAUGCCACUCUGAGCAGUUGGCUGCUGCUUGAGAUUGAUUUCCAUGUUGAAGGGAAGGGAGACCUGAUUGAGUUCCUGUAUAUGCAAGGAUAAAUAAGAAGGGGCAUUGUCGUGGUUGUUGCUGAAGGUGUUGGUCAGGAGCUGAUUACCGGGACUGAUGACAAGAAUGGAGAGCAGGAUGAGUAUGUCAACAUGCUGUUCCUUGACGUUGGCCUUCUUCUAUGAAGUUCACAUGCAAUUCUCCUCCAUGGUUAGAAAAAACUAAUUUAAACAUUUUGUUUCUUGGAUGGUUACUCAUUUCUCUUGCCGUUGUUGUAUCAAAACAAUUGCAUUUUCGUUGAUGUCUGCUUGGGCUCAUUUUCAAGGAGAAUGAGAUGUGGAAUAAACUACUCUGAAAUGGUUGGUUCCCUUCAAACAAUUUAUUAGCUAA